AUGAGACGAAGAGAGAGCAAAGAGCGCAAUCCACAGCCACCCUUUACUCAACGCCCAUUCCCUUUCGAUUUUCUUUUCCCCCAUGACCACUGGCCUCCAACCCCAACGAACCCAAAACCCCCUCCUCUCCCCCCUCCUCGAUUUCCUUGUUGUCAGCUCAUCUCCUUUUUCCCGCGCUUGCACAGCGCCGAUCUCUCUUCUCCUUCUUCCUCUCUCUCUGUCUCGAUCUCUCUCCCUCUUCACACGCACCGCCCAGCGCCUCAACUGCUUGUCGACCCCUUUUGCGCACCUCAAUGGCAAACCGAGCGGUCAGAGACGCUUCGCUGCGUUUCACAAACGUGUGCUCCUUUUAAAACACUGACUUGGAUAAAAGUCUGUUGUGACUACAAUGUGGUGGUGAUUAUGGAUGAAGCUGACUCAGUAGUCAGUGCCAACGGCGCAAUCAGAGACCCAGACUCAGAAGAUGAAGAGAGUGGUUUCUCUGGAAAAGAGGGCGUUCUUAACUCAAGCAACAAGGCUCACUUGGCCAAUGAUCAUGGUAAUGAUGAGGAAAGUGAUAGUUCUGAACUUCAUGAAGGAGUUGAGGAGAGUGAUUCAUCUGAAGAUGAGGUGGUUCCUCAGAAUACAAUUGGUGAUGUCCCCCUGGAGUGGUAUCAGGAUGAGAAACAUAUUGGUAUGACAUUACAGGGAAGAAGAUAA